AUGAAGCCGGCGCGGCUGCUGCUGCUGCUGAGCGGGUGCGCGCUGCUGCUGACGCCGGCCGUGCGCGGCUGCGGGCCGGGCAGGGUGGUGGGCAGCCGCCGCCGGCCGCCCCGCAAGCUCAUCCCGCUCGCCUACAAGCAGUUCAGCCCCAACGUGCCCGAGAAGACGCUGGGGGCCAGCGGGCGCUACGAGGGCAAGAUCGCGCGGAACUCUGAGCGCUUCAAGGAGCUCACGCCCAACUACAACCCCGACAUCAUCUUCAAGGACGAGGAGAACACCGGCGCCGACCGGCUCAUGACCCAGCGCUGCAAGGACCGCCUGAACUCCCUGGCCAUCUCUGUUAUGAACCAGUGGCCAGGGGUGAAGCUGCGGGUGACAGAGGGCUGGGAUGAGGACGGUCACCACUCAGAGGAGUCGCUGCACUACGAGGGCCGAGCCGUGGACAUCACGACAUCAGACAGGGACCGCAACAAGUAUGGCAUGCUCGCCCGCCUGGCCGUGGAGGCCGGCUUUGACUGGGUCUACUACGAGUCCAAGGCGCACAUCCACUGCUCCGUCAAGUCAGAGCACUCGGCUGCCGCGAAGACGGGUGGCUGCUUCCCUGGGCGGGCGCUGGCGACGCUGGAGAACGGUGCCCGGACCCCGCUGUGGGCACUGCGGCCGGGCCAGCGGGUGCUGGCGAUGGAUGGGGCAGGUCGGCCCACCUUCAGCAACUUCGUCGCCUUCCUGGACAAGGAGCCACGUGCCCUCACCACCUUCCACGUCAUCGAGACGCGGCAGCCACCCCGGCGCCUGGCCCUGACACCCACCCACCUGCUCUUCGUGGCAGACAAUGCAUCGACACCUGCCACCCAAUUCCGCCCCACCUUCGCCAGCCAUGUGCAGCCCGGACACUUCGUGCUGGUGGUGGUGGGCUCAGGGGGGCUGCAGCCCGCCGAAGUGGUGGGGGUGCGGGGCCGGACAGAUGUGGGGGCUUAUGCCCCGCUGACGCAACACGGAACGCUGGUGGUGGACGACGUGGUGGCCUCAUGCUUUGCCCUGGUGCGGGAGCAGCAGUUGGCACAGAUGGCGUUCUGGCCGCUGCGGCUCUACCACAGCCUGCUGGGGGGACCGGGGGUGCAGGGUGACGGUGUGCACUGGUACUCGGGGCUGCUCUACCGCCUGGGCAGGAUGCUGCUGCCCCCCGACAGCUUCCACCCACUGGGGGUGCCCCAGGCCCAGAGCUGAGGGUGUGCCGGCGGAGGAGGUGGCAGUGUGGUGACCCACCCCCAGCUGUGCCCACAUUGGGCUGGGGGGGCUGCAUCCACACCCAAGCCGUGGAGGCUUCGCCCUGCACACCCCCUCCUCGCCCCUUUGCUGGUGGGAUCCACAUGCUGCUAUUUGUGUGUGUGCGUGCGAUGUGCGUGUGUGUGUGCAGGGCUGGGGAGUGGGGACCAGAGGUUGUACCCAGGGCUCCCAGUAGCUGCAGCUCUAUGGGGAGGCUUGGGGAGGGAGCUCUGGGUGCUUUGUGCGGUGAUGCCAUUCCCAUCCCUGGAUUGUGGCAGCUGGAAGGAAGGGAAUGUGGGUACUGGGACCAAAAGAGAGGCACACCCAAACCAGUGC